AUGUCAAACUCCGAGUCUUCUGAAAUUGAAGAAGAAAUAUCACAAAAUGGGCUCGAUUAUUUAUUUGAUUCCCUAAAAGGGGCUCUAGAGCUUGAUCGCCCUCUAAAUUACCGCUCUGAUGGCACAAAAACUGAAAAAUGCAUAGGGGAGUUCCUUUCUCAUAUUCCAGGUUCCAAAAAAGAUAUCGAUUCUGCAAUAAAAGCCCAAUUUUACUACAAGAAAUGAAAUGAGUCUAUAAAACGCCGAUUUUCCAAAAAAUCAUUCGAUGUUGAGCUGAAAAAGAAAAAAUUCAGCGAUAUGGUAGAUUCACUAUUAGAAAAAGGAAGAUUAAGCGCAAAAGCAAGAUCAAGAAUUGUUAAAUCGAAAUAUGAACAGAUUUUGGACUCCGUUAAAGACUGAAUGCUUGGCUCUAUUUCUCAGCUAGAAAAAGAAAAAGCGAAGGUAAAACAAAUAAUUUCAAUGGACUCAAGAGAAGUUGAACGGAAAAAGGUAUCAUUAGAAGAAGAAUAUGUGUGGAAACGAUUUACGAUGAUGGUAGAGUCUAUAGCAUUCAGAAAUUCAAAUGUAAAAGAAAUCUCGGCAUUCCCGAACUCAGAAAUUAAAAAAGAUAUAGAAGAAAAUUUGAAGAUGCAAAUUUUGCUCAAAAAAGGAAUAAUUUUCCAAUGUAAUGAUUUUUCUGCGAAAAUAAAGAAUGGCGUUUUGGCAUGUAUUGAUUAAAUAGAUACAAAUGAAAGGGAAGGAAAUAGUCUUUUAGAGGCUUUAACGUCAAUGCAGCAGCCCAAAGAAGAGUUUUCUGAAAUUUCAUAUCCAAAUGAACAAAUAAUAUCAAGAUGCUGUAAAAAACACGUUAGGCAUUUCUUACCUUGGCUCAAGUGAAUUUAAGCCUUUAAGCUUGCUAAUCUACACGAGCACAGCUCAAAAUUUCUCUGCAGAAUUCAAAGAAAUUGCUGAAGAAGGCAUUAUUGGAUAUGAAGAAGAAGUCAAGUCAUCAAUUACCUCCACAACUUCUAUUUCAAACUUAAAAUUCAGUGAAGAAAUCGUGUCUUUUUCCUCAAAAUCCACGAAAUGGGUAUUGAGCAUCGCAAAGCUUUCAGACUUGAAAUCAGACCACAAUCUCUAUGUUUUUGAUAUCCCGAAAUACAAUAUGAAUGAUCAGAAUAUAUAUUACGUCCGGCCUUUAAAUCGUAAGAUUUAAACAGAAAGAGAAAUAAUUGAACUGAAAAAAGCUUAUUUAAUUCCUCAUUCUUGCUUAAGCUUGACCCUUGAUAUUUUCCCUGAAAUGGAUAUCAAAAAUUUCAAAUAUAUUUAUUCUUUGGUUAAUUGGAAUACUGGAAAUGGGACGAAAUAUCUUUUUGUGCAGCUUGAUAAAAAGGAGUCUCCGAAUUCUCCGAAUAAAGAAAUAAUUGAGCCAAUUUGUAAGUAUGAAGGAUGUAUAGCGCCUAUAAUUAAGUUUUCGAAAAUUAUGAAUACUAGAAAAACUAAUAGAGUUAGAGAGUCAAGCAGCAAAAAACAGCUAAAUGAGAGAUCAAGGAAAUCUUUGCAGAUCAGAAAAAAGAAAUCUGAAGACCCUAUUCCACAAUUGCUGUUUUGUGAAUUCCACCAAAAAAUGAAAAACAGCUUGAAGCUUCAGCUGCCUUUUACUAUAGACGCAGGCCCAGAGCUAUGGAAAGCAAUACAAGGAGGGAUAAACUGAAGAGAUAACCUGAUACCUAAUUCUAGACUAUGGACAUUUAUAGAUUGUGCUAAAGAAGAUAUUGAAGACUAUUUUACCCAAGUUGCAAACUCUUUAUCAGUACCCUCAUCAUCUAAUUCUUUAUCCUCCCAACUGAGAGAUAGCCCAGAAAUGUUUUUCACUUAUAAGCAAAAAUUAACAAAAGAAAUUGAAGAGCUUAAAAAACGAAGAGAUAUAGAAGUAGCUAUUACUGAUGAAAUAAGAAAAUGCGUCAUCGCUGACUCUUCAAGUGGAUUGGCUUUUGGAAGCAAUUCAGCGCAGUUUUAUGCAGACUUAAAAGAUGCCCAGAAUCUUGAGCCUUCUCUUAAACUUACAAAAAUUAAAACAAUCCGAGAAAAAUACGAAAACUUGCUAGCAAACUCGAAAUUUGAAACAAGGCCAAAUUCACAAAGAUCGUCAAGGCCAUUCAGUGCGUUUCUAAAAGGGAAUGAAAGAAGAAAUACAGCUUGUGAGCCUAUAAUGGAUAUGAAAGAAAUCAAUCAAAAAAUGAUGAGCUCUCCUUAUUAUGCCUCUCAAAUCCGCCUAGGAAAUAUCGCAAAACGAGUAAGGCUCCCAAAGCCUGCAAAUACAGUGAAUAAAGCCAAAAGUAUGACAGCAUUAGAAAGAUCAAAGCUUGAUUUAAAGUUUUUGUAA